AUGCCCACGCCGGUCAAGAAUUCCAACACGCUCUCCGAGGGUCGGAAGAGUCAAUCUACAACCUCUGGCCGUACUUCUAUCUUUGGGAAGUACUAUCCGCAUAGGAUCCGUCCAUGGGAUGAUUUCCGUCACGCGUGUCACGACGCAUUCGAGCGUGUCCGCGCCGUCCUCGGUGACUCAUCGCGAUUGCCAUCCAUCAUGGACGUGGACGCGGCGAAGAGAAGCGUAGACGAGCAAUUGCCGCUCGCCUUCCUCGAUUCUGAACACUUCCGCAACGAGGCGAAGACCUCGUUCGUCAUUCAUGAAGCACUAGAGAGGCCAGCGCAGCAUGUCAUGAACGCCUACCUCGAGGCAGUCGGAUCCCAAGUACGGCUCUAUUUUGACAAUCGCUCGGCAGGUUGGCAAGCCCGGGUCAGACCACCGGCCGAUGCGGCUAGGUCGGAGGCAAGCUCCAGCGUGCAGGUCAGUGACGAGAGAAAUGCAGGGGUUGUAGCGCAGAAGCCAGGGGUCACGACGCAACCUGACUGCUUGGUGCUGGCCUCUACGAUGCCAUCUCCACCUGCCGAGACAGCUGGGGAAGGGCAGAGAGAGCAUGCUGGCAGGCCCAGAUCGGUCUACCGCGUCCUUAUGGGGGAACACAAGUCAGUGCACCGUAUCAGGGCCCAGGCCCUCUCUCGCUUCAACCAUACGCCACUACCCGAGGACAUCAUGGUCCAGCUCGCCAAGGUCAACAACAAGACGCUUCAUGGAAGGCAGCAUAGUGGGGGCUCACCGUCAGACGUCAACACGAUGCCUGCCCCUAGGUUGCUUCCAGGACAGAUAUACUUCAUCAAUGCGUUGACGCAAACGUUUCAUUAUAUGGUCACAUCCGGUGUCGAAUAUAGCUUCUUGGCAUCCGGUGAGACCUUGACGUUCCUCAGGUUAUCAGGAGACGACCCCACGACUCUAUCCGUCCACACCGAAGCCUUCCCCCAGCACCGCCAAACCAUGUCUCAGAUGGGCAUGGGAGGCAUACAUGAGCUGCCUAUAUCGCGGCUGUGCGGCCUAUGCAUGCUCGCAUUCGAGUCUACCCCCGAGCCACCCCGGCAGCGGAGUAUGAAUGUAUUCAGGCUAGCUCUCUUUCCGGAACUGCCUCCCUCGCACCAACCUAGGCCGUCGCUCCAGUCUGGGCCGAGCUCGAGUCCGCAACGGGACGAUAACGACGACCACGAUGACGGCCAUGACGACGACCAUGACAUCGACACCGAUACAGGCGACAGAGGCCAUGGCUCUCCUUCCAACGCAGACGGCUCUUCAUCCAGUCGGCCUCAGCCUUCGGUAUACCAGCCGCCAAAGUCCUCCCCAUUGAAGCUCAAGGACAAGGAUCGGAAGAAGCGGCGGAUCACGUCGCCCUCUCUCCCUAGCCCAUUCGACCCGUCCACCUUCAGGCCGAUCAGGCCAUACUGCACCCAGGCAUGUCUACGAGGUCUGCUUCGGGGUGAGAAUGUCGACCGUGGCUGUCCCAACGUCCUACUCCACCUAGAGGCGCAACGCCAUGCCUGCCAUCCGAAGGGCCCGAGAUGGGCAAGAAGGCAUGCCAUCACGGGUGAUGAGCUACGCGAGCUAGUCAGGCACCAGCUUCUUGAGAACUCGGAGCUUGACUGCCAGUGCCUUCUCGACGACGGGGCCCGGGGUGCCAUCGGCUGUCUGUUCAAGAUCACGGUCACAGGUUUCGGGUACACCCUGGUGGCUAAAGGCGUGGAGACGCUCCACAGCCGCCGGCUGCGACACGAGAUGCGUGUCUACGAUAAGCUCGAUACUCAGCAAGGGCUACUCAUUCCCGUAUGCCUCGGGACGAUCAAACUUUUCUUGCCCUACCCAAUGGUCAACUGCACGCUGAUCACUCAUAUGCUACUCAUGUCCUACGCGGGUGAGCCUCUCUAUCGGGAAUCAUCACGCCAGGCGCUCGAGCGCGCCGGCAUAGACGUCGACGAGGAAGAACGGCGCACGAUUCAGGAGCUGCAGGCCGUGGGGCUGACUGAUGGAGACGAUAUCAGCAACGGCAACGUCAUGUGGUGUGCCGAGACGAAGCGGGUUAUGAAGAUUGACUUUGACCAAGCUUACGUCUCGACGGUCAACAGCGACCAGGUACGGGAAACGUCGACGACAUCAUCAGGGUCAACUACAGGUGACGGGCUUCUACCCAGCGCGGAGCCGGAUGAUGAUUGGAGGGGCUUCCGCGACAGUAGUUCACUGCACUCGACGGUAGACUGUCUCCUGCUUGCUUGA